CCAGAUCCACAUGACGGACUGCAGUGCGCACGAGCUACCACCGGCACUCGCGACUUGCUUCUUGCUUCCUGGCGGCGUAACUGUAGAAAGAAAGCGCUAGAAAUUCUGUUGCGCACCCAUUUUUUUAAAGAGUUAAACAACUUCGGACCUGUCGUCUAACAGGAAUAAAGAACAAACAAUUCGAAUGGCGGGAAGAGGUUCUCGUCAAGUGACAGUUAAUGGCUUGUGCACCUGCAACACCUCUACCCGCGUUUAAAAUGUCCAACGUUAGGUAAUUCAGCUGGUCUAGAAGACAAUUGACUGGAAAAACGGAUUUAGUUUUUGUUACUCACUUGCUUGAGGGAAAUUAUGGGUUUUGCGCGCUGGAUUUGGCACUUCCCUCUACUGAAAUCCCCACCUAAUUCUGGAAGCUGCGCCGUUACCAUCACAGUUUUACAUCAGCGGUGAGUAACUUGUGGUCGUGCGGGGCAUCAGGAUGAGAAGAUGGCAGCCAUAUUGUUACCAACAGGUCCUGAUGGCGUGCGGCGCUUCACCCGCCAGUCCCUGGCCGCCCUCCAGCAGCGGAUCUCCGAGGAGCGUUCCCGGAGCACCAGGGACUACAAGGAGGACCUGGGCAACGUGGAGGCCCCCAGGCCCCGGCCUGACCUGGAGGCCGGCAAGCAGCUGCCCCGCAUCUACGGGGACCCCCCCUCGACGCUGGUGGGGGUGCCGCUGGAGGACAUCGACCCAUUCUACUUCCAGAACCAGAGGACUUUUGUAGUGCUCAACAAAGGGAAGGCCAUCUUCCGCUUCAGUGCCACGUCAGCCCUCUACAUAUUCACCCCGUUCCACUGCAUUCGGGCCGUCGCCAUCCGGGUCCUGGUCCACUCAUUAUUCAGCCUCUUCAUUAUGUGCACCAUUCUGACCAACUGUUGUUUCAUGGCUCUGUCGGACCCGGCCCCGUGGACCAAGUAUAUAGAAUAUACGUUCACGGGGAUCUACACCUUUGAGUCUCUCAUAAAGAUCCUGGCUCGGGGGUUCUGCAUCGGACCCUUCACCUUCCUCCGAGACCCCUGGAACUGGCUGGAUUUCUCUGUCAUCAGCAUGGCAUAUUUGACAGAAUUUGUCGACCUCGGGAAUGUUUCUGCAUUAAGAACCUUCAGAGUACUACGAGCUCUGAAAACCAUCUCUGUGAUCCCAGGCCUGAAGACCAUCGUGGGGGCCCUGAUCCAGUCGGUGAAGAAGCUGGCGGACGUGAUGAUCCUGACGGUGUUCUGCCUGAGCGUGUUCGCCCUCAUCGGCCUGCAGCUCUUCAUGGGCAUCCUGCGGCAGAAGUGCGUCCGCAGCCUGGCCCACUGCUUCAACUCCUCCAUGUCCGUCAACGACACCUUCGUCUGCAACAACCGCACCUGGGGCUCCCGCAUGGACUUCCUCACCAGCGAAGAUAACUUCUAUAAAGUUGAAGGAGCCAAGGACGCCUUAAUAUGUGGCUAUGGAAACGAUGCAGGGAAGUGUCCAGAUGGAUUUGACUGCUUGAAAAUUGGGAGAAAUCCUAACUAUGGCUACACCAGUUUUGACAGCUUUGGCUGGGCGUUCCUGGCUCUUUUCAGACUCAUGACACAAGACUAUUGGGAGAAAUUAUUUCACCAGACCCUGCGAUCGGCGGGUAAGACCUACAUGGUGUUCUUCGUGCUGGUCAUCUUCCUGGGCUCCUUCUACCUGGUCAACCUCAUCCUGGCCGUGGUGGCCAUGGCCUAUGAGGAGCAGAACCAGGCCACCAUCGCAGAGGCCUGGCAGAAAGAGCGCGAGUUCCAGAUGGCUAUGGAGCACCUCCGCAGAGAGCAGAGGUUGGCGGCGAGGAAGCAGGCGCAGGAGACGGACUCGGUGCUGUCUCCCGAGCUGUCCCCGCUCUGCGCCAAGGCGGGGAGCCUCUGGAGGGGGAGCCGGCGGAGGAGGUCCCACCGCACCCUGUCUGAGGAGGCCGGGGAGGAGGACGCAGAGGAGAAGCUCGACCUCCUGGAGGAGCCACUGCCGCCCCUCUCCCCCCUGCCUCUGCACCCCCUGCUGGCCACCCUGUCCUCCCACCCCCUCAGCACGCGGCGGGGCAGCCAGGCCAGCGUGUUCAGCGUCUUCCGGCCGCGCGGCAGCUCGGACGCCGACCUCGGCGACGACGAGCUCAGCGCGUGCGGCGACCCGGUGCCCGGGGGCCGGAGCCGCGCCAACUCGGUGGCGGUGGGCCGGAGCCGCGCCAACUCGGUGGCGGCGCCCUGGAAGCGGCGGACGGGCAGCGUGCGCAGCCACUGCUCCCAGGGCUUCCUGCUGGGCGUAGUCAACGGGCGGCUCAACGCCUCGCUGGAGCACAACGGGGUGAGCGGCGCCGGGCUGCUGCCGCCGCUGCCGCUGCUGCCCACGCACAGCAUGGAGAGGGUCCGCGAGGACGCUGAGGCGGGCAUCGUCACGGAGACACUCCUCACAUCCACUCCCCAGCCGUCGCCCACGGCAACGCAGCCUCCGGUGCAGAGGAAGAGGGGGCUGAGCACCGUCAGCUUCUUCAGCGACGUCCUUGAUGGUGAAAGCCAAUUAAGAGAGCUGGAGGAGUCCCGGCAGAAGUGCCACCCCUGCUGGAUCUCCUUCGCGCGGCGGUACCUGAUCUGGGAGUGCUGCCCCUGGUGGCUGUGGGUGAAGCAGUGGGUGAAGUUCAUGGUGAUGGACCCCUUCCUGGACCUGGGCAUCACCAUCUGCAUCGUGCUCAACACCCUGUUCAUGGCGCUGGAGCACUACCCCAUGACGGACGAGUUCAACGGCAUGCUCUCCGUCGGGAACCUGGUGUUCACCGGGAUCUUCACGGCUGAGAUGGUGUUGAAGCUGGUGGCCAUGGACCCCUACUUCUACUUCCAGCAGGGCUGGAACAUCUUUGACGGCGUCAUCGUGUGUCUCAGCCUGAUGGAGCUGGGCCUCUCCAACGUGGAGGGGCUGUCCGUCCUGCGCUCCUUCAGACUGCUGCGGGUCUUCAAGCUGGCUAAGUCGUGGCCCACGCUCAACACGCUCAUCAAGAUCAUUGGCAACUCGGUGGGCGCGCUGGGCAACCUAACGCUGGUGCUCGCCAUCAUCGUCUUCAUCUUCGCAGUGGUGGGCAUGCAGCUGUUCGGCAAGAACUACCAGGACUGCGUGUGCAAGAUCUCAGUGGACUGCCAGCUCCCGCGGUGGCACAUGCAGGACUUCUUCCACUCGUUCCUCAUUGUGUUCCGCGUGCUGUGCGGCGAGUGGAUCGAGACCAUGUGGGACUGCAUGGAGGUGGCAGGCCAGCCGCUGUGCAUCCUGGUCUUCAUGCUGGUCAUGGUCAUCGGGAACCUGGUGGUGCUCAACCUGUUCCUGGCGCUGCUGCUGAGCUCCUUCAGCUCAGACAACCUGUCGGCCCCGGACGAGGACGGGGACCUCAACAACAUCCAGAUCGCCGUGGCCCGCAUCAACGCGGGGGUCAGCUGGCUGGCGUCCGGCGUCUGUGAGCUCUGCAGCGGAGGGGAGCGGCGCCGGCGGCAGCAGCAGCAGCAGCAGACGCAGCAGCAGCAGCAGAAGAAGAUGUCCCUGGCGCCCCCGGAGACGGGCAUGGCUCUCCUGCUGGUGGCGAACCACGCGGCUGAGGCCAACGGCGGCGUGUUCGGGCGCUACGGAGAGAGGUACGCGGUGCCCGAGGGGGACAGCUACAUGACCAACCCCAACCUGACCCUGGUGGUGCCCAUCGCGCCGGGGGAGUCGGACGUGGAGUUCCUGGAGGAGGAAGAGGAGUCUGAGUCGUCAGAGGACGAGGACAACAAACCGGAGAAGGUCAGCCUAUCAGAGGGCAGCACGGUGGACCUGAGGCGACCGGGGGAGGACAGGGACGACCUAUCAGAGCUGGCCGAGGAGACCAUGGAGCCAGAGCAGUGCUUCCCUGAAUUCUGCGUGAGGCACUGCCCCUGCUGCGACGUGGACACCAGUGGAGGCCUGGGCCAGGCCUGGUGGAGGCUGAGGAAGACCUGCUACCAGAUCGUGGAGCACAGCUGGUUUGAAACCUUCAUCAUCUUCAUGAUCCUGCUCAGCUCAGGGGCUCUGGCUUUUGAAGACAUCUACAUCGAGAAGAGGAAGGUGGUGAAGGUGGUACUGGAGUACGCUGACAAGGUGUUCUCCUACAUCUUUGUGCUGGAGAUGUUCCUGAAGUGGAUCGCCUACGGGUUCAAGAAGUACUUCACCAACUACUGGUGCUGGCUGGACUUCCUCAUUGUGGAUAUCGCCAGCGAUCGCUCUAUUGUUAGGGUGUCUCUGAUCAGCCUGGUGGCCAACUCUCUGGGUUAUUCCGACUUCGCUGCCAUCAAGUCUCUCCGAACGCUGCGGGCGUUAAGACCCCUCCGAGCCCUGUCCAGGUUCGAAGGCAUGCGGGUGGUGGUGAACGCCCUGAUCGGCGCCAUCCCAUCCAUCAUGAACGUGCUGCUGGUGUGCCUGAUCUUCUGGCUCAUCUUCAGCAUCAUGGGCGUCAACCUGUUCGCCGGCAAGUUCGGCAAAUGCGUGAACCGCACCGGCUUCGUGCACAACGCCUCGGUGGUGAACAACAAGUCGGAGUGCCACGCGCUGAACGACACCCAGUUCUACUGGACCAAGGUGAAGGUCAACUUCGACAACGUGGGGCUGGGAUACCUGUCGCUGCUGCAAGUGGCAACAUUCAAGGGCUGGAUGGAGAUCAUGCACGCGGCGGUGGACUCCAGAGGAGUGGAGGAGCAGCCCAUCCGAGAGGUCAACCUCUACAUGUACCUCUACUUCGUCAUCUUCAUCAUCUUCGGCUCCUUCUUCACCCUCAACCUCUUCAUCGGCGUCAUCAUCGACAACUUCAACCAGCAGAAGAGAAAGUUAGGGGGACAGGAUAUCUUCAUGACGGAGGAACAGAAGAAGUACUACAACGCUAUGAAGAAGCUGGGCUCCAAGAAGCCCCAGAAGCCCAUCCCAAGGCCCUCGAACUUUGUGCAGGCCUUCCUCUUCGACCUGGUGGCCAAGCAGGCGUUCGACAUCAUCAUCAUGAUGCUGAUCAUCGUCAACAUGGUGACCAUGAUGGUGGAGACGGACGAGCAGUCGGAGCGCAUGGAGUCAGUGCUCAACAAGAUCAACCUGGUGUUCAUCGUGCUCUUCACCACCGAAUGCCUCAUCAAGAUCCUGGCACUGCGCUGCUACUUCUUCACCAUCGGCUGGAACAUCUUCGACUUUGUGGUGAUCAUCCUCUCCAUCGUGGGGAUCGUCCUCGCCGACAUCAUCGAGAAGUACUUUGUCUCCCCCACGCUGUUCCGCGUGAUCCGCCUGGCUCGGAUCGGCCGGGUGCUGCGGCUGAUCCGCGGCGCCAAGGGCAUCCGGACGCUGCUCUUUGCCUUAAUGAUGUCCAUGCCGGCGCUGUUCAACAUCGGCCUGCUGCUCUUCCUCGUCAUGUUCAUCUACGCCAUCUUCGGCAUGGCCAACUUCGCCUACGUCAAGAAGCAGGACGGCAUCGACGACAUGUUCAACUUUGAGACGUUCGGCAACAGCAUGAUCUGCCUGUUCCAGAUCAGCACGUCGGCGGGCUGGGACAACCUGCUGAGCCCCAUCAUGGCAUCGCCGCCCGACGAGUGCGACACGGCCUUCGUCAACACGGGCACCAACGCCAAGGGCAACUGCGGCAGCCCGUCCAUGGGCAUCGCCUUCUUCGUCAGCUACAUCAUCAUCUCCUUCCUGAUCGUGGUCAACAUGUACAUCGCCAUCAUCCUGGAGAACUUCAGCGUGGCCACGGAGGAGAGCACGGAGCCGCUGAGCGAGGACGACUUUGAGAUGUUCUACGAGGUGUGGGAGAAGUUCGACCAGGAGGCCACGCAGUUCAUCGAGUUCUCGGCGCUGUCCCGCUUCGCCGACACGCUGUCGGAGCCGCUGCGCAUCCCCAAGCCCAACAAGAUCAAGCUGAUCAGCAUGGACCUGCCCAUGGUGACGGGCGACAAGAUCCACUGCCUGGACAUCCUGUUCGCCUUCACCAAGCGCGUGCUGGGCGAGACGGGCGAGAUGGACGCGCUCAAGCAGCAGAUGGAGGACAAGUUCAUGAUCUCCAACCCGUCCAAGAUCUCGUACGAGCCCAUCACAUCCACGCUGCGCCGCAAGCAGGAGGACGUGUCGGCCGCCGUCGUCCAGCGCUGCUUCCGCCGCCACCUGGUGCGGCGGCAGGUGAAGCAGGCGUCCUUCCUGUACCGCCAGCUGAGCGGCGCCGGCGGCCGACGUCGCGGCGCCGGCGCCGGGGCCGGGGGGGAGCAGGGGGAGGACCCGGAGCGCGCUCCCGAGAGCGAGGGGCUCAUCGCGUCCAUGAUCCGGGAGAACUACGGGCCGCCGGGGGAGGAGGUGGUCUGUGCGGAGGAGGAGGGGGAGGGGCGGGAGGGGGAGGGGCGGGAGGGGGAAGGGACAUCGUCGAUGACGUCGCUGUCGACGUCGUCGCCACCGUCGUACGACAGCGUGACCCGGGCGGCGGCCGGCGGCGGGGAACUGUGCGAGGCCGCAGGGUCGAUGGCCGACGCGUCCGUCCAGGGGUAUGAAGAGACGUUUCUAUGAGGCUGGCGCGCCUGUGUGUGUGGAGGAGAGUGUGUGUUAGUGUGUGUGGGUCGAGGUUGUUUGGAUUCUCUGCUUUGUAUUUGUAUAUUAUAUUUUGUUAUAUAUAAUAUAUAGCAAACUCAACAAAAAAAUCUUCAUGGCGGGCGAAAAGAUAUUGACCCUUUUCAUAUCAGAAGUUGUCAUAAAAAUCAACUUUUUUCUAAAUGUAUAAAGAUAGCCUCUGUAUCCUUGAACAAUCAUGAUGCUAAAGACCUACACAUACUUUCCUAUAGCAAUCACUUUGAAGUAUGUUUUCUUGACUCAAUUAUUGUUCGAAUAUACACAUUUGGCAACUGUUUUUGUCGUUUAUUGUUCAUGACAGGUAACCGCAGGAAAGACUUUGUAUACAGCACAUCCACGUUUGACUGAACAUAUAUCCCAUGAUGAAGCAAAUCUGCACAAUAAGGGUACAUUAUCGAACAUUAAAUACCCACAAUUUGUCAGUGGGCAUGUAUACUUUUCUAUUAACAUUGUUACAGUGGAGUACGAUGGGUAACUAAUUGCUAAUGACAGGGCACAGGGCACAUUCUUGAACAUCAAAUCCUAUUGUUGGAUAGUAUAUAUAUUUUUAGGAAAUUAUUUUAUUUAUGAAAUUAUCCAGGUUUUUUUCCUUCAUAUGCAGCACCCAAUUUUCCCCGUACAGUCAAAGUUGAAUCUGCAUAUUGCUACUAGAAAUAGCUAAAUGCUAAGCUAGCUUCUGUGCUAACAAAGAGAGUCGUAUGAAUAUUUAAUACAUUGCAUGUUGGUUGACAAAAAGGUUGGAUACCUAAUGUUUACCUCAAGCUUACGAUCAAUAAAUAUGCACAAUCCAAGCAAAAGGAUCUAUAGAUAGUUUUGCUGGUAUUUGAAUCAUCUUUUUUUUCUCUGGCAUGUCUCCCCCAUAAAAGCUUGGUGUUAUUUUUUUCAAGGGCUUACAUCAUUAACUUAUCUUCUAAAUCAGUUUUCUUAAUUGAAAAAUUAGCAAGAAUUUAUUUUAUUUGAAGGAACUACCAAAUAAUUAGUUAAUAAUAUUGUUAAGUAUUUGCAUGUUUUGAAAGAAUGUACAAAUAUUUUCUUAAUUUAUAUUAAACUUUGCAAUUAGAAGUUAAGAUGAUAGGUAAAAAUCACAGUUUAUCGAUGUGACGCAGUAGAAUUUCACAACAUUUAAUCUGUUUCCAUUUAGUUAAAGAUUGAAAACCCUGAAAGAAUACUUAGUUCAUGAAGGUUGAUGAAGGGCUGUAUAUGCAAACAAUCACAGAAUCAUGUGCCUGGUUUUAAUUCCAUUCUGCACAGUUAAUUUAUUAUGGAUUUCCCUCAUGACUGUUGAAUUGAAAUUGGUCAUGGAUAUGGAUUGGGAUAGCAUGAGUGAACUAUGCAAGCACCUUGUGUAGAGCGGGCUUGCAAAAGAGAAUGUAUAUAAAACACAAUGUAUUUGUAACUAUUUCUUUUUUCUAUGUAUUUAUAUUUGAGGAUCAUUUUGAAAAAUGCACAUAUGGAAAAUACCCAGAGUUAUAAAAAAGGAUAUGUAUACAUCUACAUACAUUUUAUAUAAAAGACUGAAAUGUA